AUGGCUGAACAGACUCUCGAAGAACGCAAAAAGAAUGGUGAUAAAGAAAAAGAGAAAGUCACCGGAGAAUCGUCAAAAGGAGAGACGAGACAUCCUUCAUUCAAAACUUUCAAGAGUAGCAGUGCUACAGAGUUUUCUGGAGUCCUUAAUCCCAUAGUUGUUAUAACUUGGAUUCAGAACACGGAAAAAGUGUUUCGUACAUCUCAUGUGGAUAAUGAAGAUAAGGCUAAUUAUGUUUCUGCUAUGCUCUUCGGAAAAGCCUUGGUCUGGUGGGAAGCAACAUAUGAAGUUCUCAACAGGUUUGACCAGGAGAAUUUAUCCUGGGAAAUUUUCAGAACUCGUUUGCUAGGGAAAUAUUGCCCUCUAGACAUGAUGAAAAGAUUAGAGAAAGAAUUCCUCAAGCUUAAACAUAGAGGAAUGACUGUGAUUGAUUAUGAAACUCAAUUCAAUCAAAAAGCACGGUUUGCUACAAAGUAUAUUCCAACAGAAGACGAUAAAAUUCAGUUAUUUCUGGAUGGACUACGGUAUGAAAUCCGUGAUUUCGUGGCUAAUCGGGAUGUUCUGUCAUUUGUAAAAGCUGUUGAGUAUGCUUGA